UAAGUAUACUAAGCUUUUGUAUCUGUUAAAGUAAAUUAUGAAACACUGACUGUGGAUCAUUUCAGAUAGCCUACCAGGUACUAGCAGCGUUACUGUGGACAGCACAACUGGAAAUUCAGCAACGCUCUCAUGGACUUUUAACCAGGCAGCCACAGACUACUUAAUCUCUUACAUCAGUGCCGAUGGUUCGCAUACUGGUUCCUUUAACCCAGACGGGAACGGCAACACAGCUGUUGUUGUGCCUGGUCUUCAACCACAGACAACAUACACAUUCUCAGUGCUAGGAACAGACGGCACAAAUACGUUUAACGUCGGAUCAGCUGUAGGUACAACAGGUUUGGAUACGACGGUAACAUUGGAUUCGGUUACAGAGAGCACGGUUACACUUUCCUGGACGGCGAUAGAUGGUAGUACUUUCUACCAGGUUUUAUACAGGCCUACUGGCUCGACUCAACCGGAACAACAAAUGAUAGUUUCUAAUGGACCACAAAACACCCAAACCACUCUCACUGGACUCACACCAGCUACAAUGUAUGAUAUUCGAGUUGUGGCUUUCCCGGGAGGUGGACCAUUGGAAGUUGGAAGCAUCACGCCAACAACAGGUAUUCUGAAUGAGGUUAUUGUGGAUUCGGUAACACCAAACACAAUAGCUCUCCGCUGGACGAAUUUGCCAGACAACAUUAAUUAUGAGAUAACCUACACUGCACCAGAUGGAACACAACGAGUGGUUUCGUCAGGCACCAACCCCAACAUCAUCCUUACUGGACUUACUCCUGCCACUCAGUAUGAUAUCUCAGUACGUUCAACAUCUAACCAAGGACAGCAAUCAGCCGUUGGUACCGCUACAGCUACUACUGUUCCAACACAAGUUACAAUAACUGAAACAACUCCAAAUUCAAUCAGCGCAAGUUGGACAGAGAUAACAGGUGCCUUGACAUACCGCAUAGACUUUGUCAGCACUGAUGGCCUACACACUGGAUCUAUCAAUUCACCUGUACCGCCGGCAGUUAUUGAUAGUCUACAACCAGGUACAACGUACACAAUAACUGUUCUUGGUACUACAGUGGACGGACAGACCAUCCCAAUUGGUUCAGCUUCUGCUACAACAGGUAUUGGCACGUCAGUCAAUGUGGGCCCAGUUACAUCAAGCACAAUUGCCCUGGACUGGACCCCUAUCCCCGAUACCAAUACUUAUCAGGUAGCUUACACUGGACCAGAUGGACAAGUGCAGCAGGCUUUGUCAACCACCCCUGACACCAUCCUUACCGGACUAAAUCCUGUAUCUCAGUAUGACAUCACAGUGAGGGCUAUUACUAACGGUGGACAACUGGUAGAUGUUGGCACUACAACUGCCACUACAGGUAUUGACACCUCAGUUACAGUGGGUGCUGUUACACCAAACACCGUAGACAUCACCUGGACACCUGUCCCUGGUACCAGUAUCUAUCAGAUAAUAUACACUGGACCAGACGGGCAGCAGCAACUAGGGCAGGUUCUUCAUCCCACCACUGAUUUCACCCUUACUGGACUUACUCCUGCAUCUCAGUAUGACAUCACUGUAAGGGCAUUUAACACUAAUACUGGACAACAAACAGAUAUUGGCACUGCCACUGCAACUACAGGUAUGGAUACGACGGUAAUAUUAGAUUCAGUUACGGAGAACACGGUUACACUUUCCUGGACGGCAAUAGAUGGUAGUACUUUCUACCAGGUCUUAUAUAGGCCUACUGGCUCGACUCAACCUGAACAUCAAAUGAUAGUUUCUAAUGGACCACUAAACACCCAAACCACACUAACUGGACUCACACCAGCUACAAUGUAUGAUAUUCGAGUUGUGGCUUUCCCAGGAGGUGCACCAUUGGAAGUUGGAAGCAUCACGCCAACAACAGGUAUUCUGAAUGAGGUUAUUGUGGAUUCGGUAACACCAAACACGAUUGCUCUCCGCUGGACAAAUUUGCCAGACAACAUAAAUUAUGAGAUAACCUACACUGCACCAGGUGGAACACAACAAGUGGUUUCCUCAGGCACCAGCCCCAACAUCAUCCUUACUGGACUUACUCCUGCCACUCAGUAUGAUAUCUCAGUACGUUCAACAUCUAACCAAGGACAGCAAUCAGCCAUUGGUACCACUACCGCUACUACAGUUCCAACACAAGUUACAAUAACUGAAACAACUCCCAAUUCAAUCAGCGCAAGUUGGACAGAGAUAACAGGUGCCUUGACAUACCGCAUAGACUUUGUCAGCACUGAUGGCCUACACACUGGAUCUAUCAAUUCACCUGUACCGCCGGCAGUUAUUGAUAGUCUACAACCAGGUACAACGUACACAAUAACUGUUCUUGGUACUACAGUGGACGGACAGACCAUCCCAAUUGGUUCAGCUUCUGCUACAACAGGUAUUGGCACUUCAGUCAAUGUGGGCCCAGUUACAUCAAGCACAAUUGCCCUGGACUGGACCCCUAUCCCUGAUACCAAUACUUAUCAGGUAAUUUACACUGGACCAGAUGGGCAACAGCUGCAGGAUUUUCCGACCACCCCUGACACCAUCCUUGCUGGACUGAAUCCUGUAUCUCAGUAUGACAUCACAGUGAGGGCUAUUACUAACAGUGGACAACUGGUAGAUGUUGGCACUACAACUGCCACUACAGGUAUUGACACUUCAGUUACUGUGGGUGCUGUUACACCAAACACCGUAGACAUCACCUGGACACCUGUCCCUGGUACCAAUAUCUAUCAGAUAAUAUACACUGGACCAGACGGGCAGCAGCAACUGGGGCAGGUUCUUCAUCCAACCACUGAUUUCACCCUUACUGGACUUACUCCUGCAUCUCAGUAUGACAUCACUGUAAGGGCAUUUAACACUGAUGCUGGACAACAGACAGAUAUUGGCACUGCUACUGCAACUACAGAUACACUGCUUAAUCUGGUUGCCAGUGCUCAAAACAUCCAAACAACUAGCUUCGACAUCAUGUGGGAAGACAGACCUGAAUUCACUUAUACUAGCUACAUUGCGACAGUCAGUGAAGUAGGGGGUACUUUUUCAGUACAACUUCCAGCCACUGCGAAUCGUGAUGGUAGAAAUAUAGUAGUCAAUGCUGCGGGCCUUACUGCCGGCACAGAAUACGAUGUUAACAUCCAAGGUGUGACCAGUACGGGAGUGCGUGAGGAUCAAGUCAAUUUCAACGUUUUCACAAGGCCAAAUCCACCCAUCGAUGGUCGCUUCACCGAGAUAAAUGGAAUGACAGUACUACUUGAAUGGAAUCCACCUGCUGAUGGGAGAAUAGAUGGGUAUGUAGUGAUACAUGGUGCAGAAACCCAGGAUCCAACUACUUUGACCCAGGCUCCUAUCCCAGUUGGUCAGACGGCAUACGCCAUCUCGGGACUCAAUCCUAUCAUACCCUCUACCAUAGGACUGGUAUCAUAUCGGAAUUCAACUGAUACAUUCAGUGAUUUUGCCGAGCUACUUCAGCAACAAAAUUCUAACUUGGAAAUAAAUAGAGGUGAUAACCCAUGUGCAAGUAGACCAUGUAGGAAUGAUGGACAGUGUUUUGGUGUAUCAGGAGGCAGUUUCAGAUGUGAAUGCAUCAAUGGUUUCAGUGGUACUACCUGUGAAGUAAACACAGAUGAAUGUAACAGCUUUCCUUGUCAAAAUGGAGGGACCUGUACUGAUCUUCAAAAUGGUUAUAUCUGUCGCUGCCUUACUGGAAUAACUGGCACAAACUGUGAGAUAAGACCGCAGCCUUGCUCCAACAAUCCUUGUUUAAAUGGUGCGACCUGUGUGGAAGUAUUUACAACCUUUACAUGCUCUUGUCUUGCUGGCUUUACUGGCACGUUGUGUGAAACAGAUAUUGAUGACUGUGCACCAAUCGACCCCUGUCUCAAUGGUGGCAUCUGUGUAGAUGCAGUCAACAGUUUCAUGUGUAUAUGCCAAACUGGCUUCUCGGGCACUAACUGUGAAAUAGAUAUAGAUGAAUGCAAUCCUGAUCCUUGUCAGAACGGUGUGUGUGUUACAAUUGCACCGGGAUCCCCCUUCACAUGUGUUUGUAAUCAAGGCUUCACUGGGCAGAAUUGUGAGACUGAAAUUAAUGAAUGUAAUUCGAUGCCCUGUCUCAAUGGCGGUACCUGUAUAGAUGCUCUGUUAAGCUAUGUGUGCAGAUGUGCACUUGGGUUCACCGGAGUAAACUGCGAAUCUCCAACUGAUGAGUGUGCCAGUCAACCUUGCCUCAAUGGAGGAACUUGCGUGGAUGGUGUAAACGCGUACGAGUGUAGAUGUCCAAUGGCCUUUGGUGGGAUAAACUGUGAAACAGAUAUCAAUGAAUGCUUAUCGGGACCAUGCAUGAAUGGUGCCACUUGCUUUAACCAGUUGGGGUUCUUCCGAUGUCAGUGUCCUACAGGGUACGAGGGACCAACAUGCGCUACGGACAUCAAUGAAUGUGCAAGUACUCCAUGUCAGAAUGGCGGAACAUGUCUGGACUUCCCAGGGUUAUACAUUUGUAACUGUGUCCAAGGUUUCUCUGGUAUACACUGUGAAAUAAACGAUGACGAUUGUCGAAAUAACCCUUGCCUGAAUGGAGCUACUUGUAUAGAUGGAGCGCAGUCUUUCACCUGCAUUUGCCCAUCAGGGUUUUCCGGAACAACGUGUGCUAUGCAAUUGGACGCAUGUAACCCACCACCUUGUCAGAAUGGAGGAACGUGUAUCAAUCUUUUCCCAUCAUUCCAGUGUGUUUGCCCUCCUGGCUUCACUGGAACAAACUGUGAAAGAAAUAUUGAUGAGUGUCUUAGCUUUCCCUGUGCAAAUGGAGGAACUUGUAAUGAUGGUAUCAAUCAGUACGUGUGUUCAUGUACUGCUUCUUUCCAGGGUCCUAGAUGCCAAAUAGGAAGAAACAUACCACUUACUUACACCCCAACGACCACUACACUUACUUUUGAUUGGCCGGCACAGCCUGGAGUCGUUCAAUACAGGAUAUCUCUCCAAAAUCUUGAUGGGAGCCCAGCUGCAACUCCCCAAACAAUUUUCCAGCCAUCUGCAACGUUCUCCGGCCUUGACCCCACCACAACGUACAUAGUUUCUCUGGAAACAACUGCAGACGGUGUAGACUACAACCUCAGUCAAGAUUUUGGUACAACAGAUACACCACCAUGUGAUGUUGCUCGAUGUUUCUUUGGAGGUACGUGUCGGGAAGAUAAUACAGCAACCCGUGGUUAUACCUGUGAUUGUACAACUGGGUACACUGGUGACAACUGUGAACAAAAUAUCAAUGAGUGCUUAGUGACUGUUAACCUAUGUGGGACUGGGAGAUGCUUUGACACCUUUGGCUCUUUUAUGUGUAUAUGUGACCCGGGCUUCCAAGGCACACGAUGUGAACAGGAUAUUAACGAGUGCCUCAGCAAUCCUUGUCAGAAUGGAGGCAUUUGUGAUGAUGAACCGAACCGAUAUGUAUGUCGAUGUCCGCCAGGAUUUACUGGGAUUAACUGUCAAACUGCGAUAGAUAACUGCGCAAGUGGACCCUGCAACAAUGGUGGCUCAUGCAUCAAUGGAUUUACUUCAUUUUUCUGUGCUUGUCCAACCGGAUAUACCGACUCACGAUGUGAAACAAACAUUAAUGAGUGCUUUAGCCAACCAUGUCUGAACGGUGGAACCUGUAUUGAUGGAAUUGCUAGCUUCACUUGCUCGUGUGCACAAGGUUUUGAAGGAACUAACUGCGAAAACAGAAUAAGUGCUUGCCUAAGCUUUCCUUGUGUGAAUGGUGGAUCAUGUACGGAUGUUGCUACAGGGUAUUUCUGUUCAUGUGUCCCUGGAUUUACAGGAACUAACUGUGAAAAUGAUAUUGACGAGUGUGCUUCAAAUCCAUGCUUGAACGGAGGGAUAUGCUCUAACCUACUCAAUCAGUUUACCUGUACUUGCCAAGGUCUAUUCACUGGCCUACGAUGUGAAACCCAGGUGGAUACUUGCAUAAGUUUUCCCUGUCAAAAUGGAGGGAGCUGUAUCAACAUUGCGAAUGGAUAUUUAUGCAACUGUCUUCCAGGCUUUACUGGUGUAAGAUGUGAAAAUGAUAUCAAUGAGUGUAUUAGCAAUCCUUGUGUUAAUCAGGGUACUUGUAUCAAUCAAGUUAGCCGAUUUUUGUGCCAGUGCCCAGAUGGAUAUGACGGAACACGAUGUGAAAAUAAUAUCGAUGAGUGUUUGUCAAAUCCUUGUUUUAAUGGGGGAACAUGCUUGGACCAGGUUGCUAGCUACAGGUGUAUUUGUACAGCAGCAUUUACUGGGACUCGAUGCACACAAAAUACAAAUGAAUGUGUUUCCUCACCUUGUCGGAAUGGCGGUACCUGUAUUGAUCAGGUCAAUGGUUAUAGAUGUGAAUGUCCAACUGGGUUUACUGGAAUUAUCUGUGAAACUGAUAUAAAUGAUUGCCUCAACAAUCCCUGUCUAAAUGGAGGAUCAUGCCAAGAUCUUCCUGGUACAUUCUCCUGUACAUGUGCUCUUGGAUAUACAGGUUUCAACUGCCAAACAAACAUCCUUGAGUGCAACAGCAAUCCCUGUGUGAAUGGUGCUACAUGUGUGGAUGGAAUAAAUCGAUUUUCAUGCACUUGUGCGGCUGGAUUUACAGGAGCUACUUGCGCUGAACGAAUUGACUUUUGUUUGGGCUCACCUUGUUCUGUGAGGGCAUCUUGUAUCUCUGUGGGUGCGUCAUUCUUGUGUCUGUGCCCUCCUGGAUUUACCGGACCCACCUGUGAUAUUAACAUCAACGAAUGCCUCAACAAUCCUUGUCUGAAUGGGGGAACCUGUGUGGACGGAAUCAACUCCUUCACCUGCAAUUGCCCUCCAGGAUUCAAUGGCCAGUUUUGUCAGACAAAUAUCAAUGAAUGUGCCAGCUUCCCAUGCCAGAACGGCGGUGUCUGUACUGAUUUGAUCAACGGAUUCAGAUGUCAGUGUUCUGCUUUCUUCCAAGGCAUCGUGUGCACUAUACCCCUUGUAAUUCAAAUGACGGACACGAGCACGGUCCCAAGGACUCUGCGUGUUGAAUUUGACCCUAUCAACAAUGAACCGGAUGCCGUAUAUGAUGUCAUUGUGACAGCACCAGACGGGACCAUCGUUGACAUGCGUUCAUUCACCGACGCUGAUGUGGACAACGACGGACGGGUGAGGGCAGAUAUCCCUGGACUUGAUCCUGACCUCACCUACACGGUGGAUCUGCAGGUCCGAACACCGGAAGGGACGUUCACUCUUGAUACCAUGAUGAGUAGUCCACCAGGUGCUUGCGAUUCGGGACCAUGCUUCAAUGGAGGAACCUGUACAGAAGCUCCUGGAACUGCUUUAGGCUAUACAUGUACCUGUCUUCCCAGUUUCCAACAACCAAAUUGCUUGAUCCAAAUAAACCCAUGUGAUAGCAAUCCUUGUCAAAAUGGAGGUACUUGCCUGAAUUCCGGAUCAUCAUUUAUUUGUGCAUGUGCAGCUGCGUGGCAAGGAAACAUCUGUACUUUCCCUCGGUCAAUACCAAUAAAUUUCAACACACCAAACCCCAACACCCUCAUCAUUAGCUACACCCAGCCCCCAGGCCAGUACAGCUCAUACGAUGUGACGUUGCUAGACAUUGUGGGACAACCGGUACAGACUGGUGUAAUCAGCCCCGCCCAGAUACAGCCAGACGGUACUUUCCGCUACACCUUCAAUGGAGUACAGCCCAACACCGCCUACCAGGUGCAAGUGACUGGUCGCACCGCAGAGGGACCUCUCGAUAUUGGUCGUGCCAACACACAGACGCCGAAUGUGUGUGACAUUUCCCCCUGCCUAAAUGGAGGAUUGUGCCAAAAUAAUCAAGCAGUAUCAUCAGGUUAUACAUGCAACUGUCUUCCCGGCUACUCUGGAAUUAAUUGUCAAACAGAUAUCAACGAGUGUUCGAGUAACCCUUGUACAAAUGGAGGCACAUGUCAACAGCCUUUCAUCAAUGCAUUCCGAUGUGCUUGUCUUCCUCAAUUUACUGGAACCACUUGUCAGAUUCCUCUGAAUGUCGUAGUACGUACCGGCACAGUCACCCCGACCUCGGCCACAAUCGUAUUCAGCGAGCUACCAAGUGGGUCUGCCCAAUACACCCUAGAAGUUGAUGAUUUGCAGGGAAACCUUGUCCAAAAUGUCCCCGUCAAUCCUAACCAAGCUUCAAAUGGACAGUUUACCGUCCCGGUCAAUAACCUUCAGCCCGGCUCAGGAUACAUUGUGUUUGUGCAAGGAACUAUCAGUGGACAGACAUUCCAACUUGGCUCUACACCAGUGAACACCCCUUCUUUGUGUACCCCAACUACAUGUUUGAAUGGAGGAACUUGUGUGGAUUCUGGAAUAUCAUUUUUCUGUGUUUGUCCACCUGGUUUUGAUCCAAAUACUAACUGCCAAGAUAUUAAUGAAUGUUUGAGCCAGCCUUGCCAGAAUGGGGGAACGUGUAACAAUGGACAGAACCGGUAUGAUUGCGCAUGCCCCAUUUUCUUAUCCGGUGUAAACUGUCAAAAUAACCAAUGCACCUUGCGUCCAAAUAUAUGCCAGAAUGGAGGGACAUGUGUACCAUCUACACAGCAGCCUGGAUUUAACUGCCUAUGUCGAAGCGGUUUUCAAGGAGACUUUUGUGAAAUUCAAACACCAAGUUGCAACCCGAGUCCUUGUCAAAAUGGAGGUACAUGUAUUGUUGGUACCAUAGGUAUCACAUGCAAUUGUGUUCAAGGAUACGUUGGGGAAUUCUGCCAGACAAUCGUCAACCAGUGUCUGAAUUUGCCAUGCAGAAAUGGAGGAAGUUGUGUUAGUCGGGUCAAUGGAUAUCUUUGUAAUUGUAUCCCUGGUUAUAUUGGUACCAACUGUGAAACAAAUAACAACGAAUGCGUCAGCAAUCCUUGUCUGAAUGGUGGUACCUGCAUCGAUGGUGUGAAUCGCUUUGACUGCAUAUGUCCUCCAAAUUCAAAUGCAAACAUCUUCUGUGAACAACCUCCAUCUGCAUGUGAUUCUGGACCUUGUUUGAAUGGAGGGACUUGUCAAAACACAGUAAAUGGCUUCUUCUGCUUCUGUCCAUCCAACUUUCUUGGUAUUCGGUGUGAAACUUUAAACAGCCCUUGUAAUCCAUCCCCUUGUCUUAAUGGAGGAACCUGCACACAAACGGGAUCUAGCUUCGCCUGCCGGUGUCUUUCCACUUUCACUGGGAUUCUCUGUGGACAAGCUAAUAAUGUCUGUGGUUUGAACUGCCAGAAUGGUGGGACUUGUUUGAGUGUUCCAGGAAUUCUGAUGUGCCUUUGUCCUACCAACUGGAUAGGAAAUCUUUGCACUAUUCCAAGGGUAAUUCCAGCUGGACCAGGUGCGGUUACGUCAAAUUCCUUCGAAAUAGUAUUCAGUUCCAUUGGUCCAAACACUGAGGCCACUGCACAUCGUCUUCUCUUACUUGAUGGAACUGAUGUCGUGCAGUCAACGACCCUACCAACCGCUCCACCACGCAAUACCGAGAUUAGCUAUGUGUUCUCAAAUCUUAAUCCUGGAGCAAUGUACACUGUCAUCAUUGCUGCUGACACAGCAGAGGAGAGCUUUGAAUUAGUCCGUGUUCCAUUCACUACAGAUGCUGAGGAUGGUUGUAUCAGCCAGCCAUGCCAGAACCAGGCUACCUGCUCACCAAACUCUGCCACGCCUCUUGGGUAUAUGUGCUUCUGUGCACCUGGAUUUACUGGAACAACAUGUUCAAUAAAUAUCAAUGAGUGUGCUUCUGGGCCUUGUCUCAAUGGUGGAAGGUGUAUAGAUGCAGUCAAUGGUUACUCCUGUCUGUGCGUAGUGGGUUACACCGGUAUUCGCUGUGAAACUGUUCUUGAUUCAUGUACCAGCUCUCCUUGCCUCAAUGGUGGUAACUGCGUCAGCCAGGUUAAUUCAUUCUUCUGUAAUUGUCAACCAAACUUUAGGGGCGUACGUUGUGAAUUAUUUAACCCACCAUGUACAUCAAACCCAUGCUUAAAUGGUGGCAUGUGCAGCAACAAUCAGAACAAUGACAACUACGUCUGUAUUUGCCUGCAAAACUUCAAUGGUGUGAACUGUGAGAACCCCAUAGAUGGGGUGGAAUGUGCCAGUAACCCCUGCAGAAAUGGAGGUACCUGCAAUGAGGGCUUCCGUAGCUUUACCUGUACCUGCCCUUCCACAUGGACCGGGAUAUUUUGUUCUGCAGACGUCAAUGAAUGCCAGAACCAACCCUGUUUCAAUGGUGGGACAUGUACUAAUCUCCAAGGGUCAUAUCGCUGUAAUUGCCCCCUUGGAUUUGGUGGAGUUAAUUGUCAAGUGAAUAUCAACGAAUGCACCUCAAACCCUUGUUUGAAUGGAGGUACUUGCAGUGAUGGAAUUAAUUUUUACACCUGUGCUUGUCUGCUACGUUUCACAGGACAACGGUGUGAGAUUACCCCGAAUGCUUGUUCAAGUUCUCCUUGCCUAAACGGAGGUACAUGCAACAGCAACAAUGGCUUCUUCACCUGCAGUUGUGUCAGUGGAUUUGUUGGAAUUAGGUGUGAAACAAACAGCAACGACUGCGUGCAGAACCCCUGUCAGAAUGGAGGCACAUGUGUGGAUGGAUUGAACACGUUCUCGUGCACGUGUCUGGCAGGGUUCUCUGGUAACCUCUGCCAGAUUUCGAAUUUCUGUGCGAACAACCCCUGCUUGAAUGGCGGAACCUGCCAAACCUUGUCCACAACUUAUCGGUGUCAGUGCACCAAUGGAUUCACAGGUCAACAGUGUCAAAUUAAUAUCCAGGAAUGUUCAAGUGGACCUUGUCAAAAUGGAGGAACGUGCAUUGAUGGAGUGAAUUCUUUCAUCUGUCAGUGUCCUGUUGGCUACGGGGGAAUAUUUUGUCAGUUGUCAACCUCACCAUGCCAGAGUAAUCCAUGUCAAAACGGUGCUUGCCUUACACAGCAACAAGGGUACAUUUGCCAGUGCAAUCAGGGAUUCACUGGGGUUUUCUGUCAGACCAACAUCGAUGAAUGCCUGAGCUCACCUUGUCUAAAUGGAGCCACCUGCCUGGAUGGUUUAGCCCGGUACACGUGUCAAUGUCGCUUGGGUUACACAGGUAUCCGAUGUGAAAUCAACGUAGAUGAGUGUGCAUCACAGCCUUGUGCCAAUGGUGGCACUUGUAUUGACAAUGUGAAUAGCUAUAUCUGCAAUUGUCCACAAGGUUUCACAGGGGCUAAUUGCUUUGAGCGUAAUGACCUGUGUUCGCCAUCCCCAUGUGUGAAUGGGGACUGUCUUAGCGGAUCAGGGACUUUCACAUGUCGUUGCUUUAAUGGUUAUACCGGGUCCCGUUGUGAGAUAAACCCCAAUGAUUGUGCACCCAAUCCUUGCCAGAAUGGAGGGACAUGCACUGACGGUCUUAAUAGAUUCUUCUGCAACUGCUUGCCAGGAUUCUUUGGAUCUAUGUGUGAGAUUGUUCAAGAUCCCAAUCAGUGUCUUUCAAAUCCUUGUCUGAAUUCUGGUAGCUGUAUUGAUGGAAACAACCGCUUUACCUGUAUGUGCUUGCCAGGGUAUACUGGAACGCGUUGUGAAACCAACAUCAAUGAAUGUGGCAGUAAUCCUUGCCUAAACCAAGGACAGUGUCUUGAUCAAGUCAACGCUUUUCUGUGCAACUGUCCCGCAAACUUCAUCGGAACUCGAUGUGAAACUCCACUAGUACCUGAUGCAUGUAUCUCCAACCCAUGCCAGAAUGCCGGAACCUGUACGAGAAUAAAUAACGGAUACCAGUGUAUCUGCCAACCAGGAUUCCAGGGCACCAAUUGUCAAAUAAAUAUCAAUGAGUGUGCUUCUAGCCCUUGUCUAAAUGGAGGCACCUGUGUUGAUAGAGUGAAUAGAUUCACAUGCACCUGUACCCAGUUCUACACUGGACAAACCUGUGCAUUUGCUGUUGUCAACCCCUGCACUACAGCACCAUGCUUGAAUGGCGGUACAUGCAGCGUCAACCCAGCCAAUCCAAGUAGUUUCCUGUGUGCCUGUCAGUUUGGAUAUAGUGGAAACCAAUGUCAGUUUGAUGGUAAUCAAUGUUUGUCAAACCCAUGUUCUAACGGUGGUGUGUGCAUCGAUGGUAACGGCCGGUUUGCCUGUAAUUGUGCUCCUGGAUUUAGUGGUGACACUUGCCAAAUCAACAAUAAUGAGUGUAUUAGCAGCCCUUGUCUCAACGGAGGUAUAUGUAAUGACUUAAGCAAUGCAUAUAGCUGUACUUGUCAACCCAACUUCAAUGGCGCAAGAUGUGAAACUCCUAUACAAGUGGCCAAUCCCUGCAUAUCAUCACCGUGUCUGAACGGAGGUACAUGUGUAAGGACUGGUGACUCUACCUAUGUGUGUAACUGCCGCGCUGGAUUUAUUGGAGCAAGCUGUAGCCAGCCGGUUGAUAUCACAACUUGUGCCGAUUCACCUUGUCAGAAUGGAGCUACCUGUUCACCAACGCAGAAUGGAGCUAGUUAUUUCUGUGUCUGCUAUGCUGGGACAUCAGGGAAUAAUUGUGAAGUUGGGCAGACGGCAUGCUUCCCCCAGCCUUGUCAGAACGGUGGUACAUGUGUGUCAAUGACCAGUGGUCAGAAUGGAUUUUUCUGUAUGUGCCCACCUGGACUUGGAUUGACUGACAUCACAUGUGCAGGUGUAGGUGCAAACCCUUGUUCAUCAAUACCCUGUUUAAAUGGAGGAAUAUGCUCAUCGGUGUUUACGACAUCAGGAACCAUCAGCGGAUAUGAAUGCAAUUGCCAGGCAGGCUAUACAGGAGUACGAUGCCAGACUUUACUAACUCCUCCAGUUUCACCUUGUCAGAACAAUCCCUGCCAGAAUGGAGGAACAUGCACCAAUAACGGAUUAUCCUUCUUCUGCAGUUGUCGAAUGGGGUUUACUGGCACAACAUGCCAAACAUCUGUUCCUUGCAACUCAAACCCUUGUUUGAAUGGAGGUUCCUGCCAGGUAUUCACCAAUGCCUAUGUCUGUAAUUGUCUACCUGGCUUUGCUGGAACCAGAUCUGUUCCUUGCAACUCAAACCCUUGCUUGAAUGGAGGUUCCUGCCAGGUAUUCACCAAUGCCUAUGUCUGUAAUUGUCUACCUGGCUUUGCUGGAACCAGAUGCGAGCAGAGUAACGUAUCACCAUGUCAGUCUAACCCUUGUUUCAAUGGUGGAACCUGUAAUGUAGAAGGCAACAUCUAUAGGUGUUCUUGCAUUGAUGGUUUUACUGGACUUCGCUGUCAGACACCUCCAUUACCUUGUUUUUCCAAUCCAUGUUUGUUUGGUGGAAGCUGCAGCAACACUGGAAGCACAUUCUUCUGUGCGUGUUUAGCUGGUUACUCUGGAAACAGAUGCCAGACUCCACCAUCACCUUGCUCAUCUAGCCCCUGUUUCAAUGGUGGAGUGUGCUCCUCAUCUGGGGGGAUAUUCACCUGCUCGUGCCCAUCAGCAUAUACCGGUACCAGAUGUGAGAUAUUGGUCGCUACCAGCCCUUGUCAGUCAAAUCCUUGCGCAAAUGGAGGUACAUGUGUACAACAACCAACUGGUGGUUUCAUAUGUUUAUGCCGACCUGGAUUCGGAGGCACCAGAUGCACAACAGUGGUUCCAUCUCCAUGUCAGCCUACAAACCCUUGUCUCAAUGGAGGUACCUGUACAUCUAUUGGUAACGUGUUUUCUUGCACAUGUCUGCCUACAUAUACUGGAUCUACCUGCCAGACACCAACUGCUACAGAUUGUACUUUCGUAUGCGCUAACGGAGGGGUGUGUGUGUUGGAUGUUCUUCAUCGUGUUAAUGUCUGUCAAUGUCCCCAGGAAUUCAACGGAAACCAGUGCCUCUCCAGAACGACAUGUUCCAGGAACUAUACUUUGGCCCAGGGACAGCAGGUGGCGGUGUCAAGCCCUAAUUAUCCCAACCCCUAUCCUAACUCAGUUCGAUGUGAGAUCUACUUCCAAGCCUCAGAUCCAAACAGGCGCCUACGUGUGACUGUCAAUGAGUUUGAUACCGAGUGUGAGCAUGACUAUGUUACGGCUGGAAAUGGUGGAAAUCUGAAUGAUCAGACCUCCAUUCUGAUGAGACUGUCUGGCGAUGAACAGGUCCCGCCUUUUGUCAUCGACAGCAACCAAGGAUGGCUCCUGUUUGAAAGUGAUCUAUGGGUCACCAAUCCAGGAUUCGCACUCACGGUCCAAGAUGUGGAUACCACAGAAUUCAUGGCUGAUUGUCCACCUGACUUCUGCCGAAAUGGCGGUACGUGUGUAGUAGUAGUUGAUCAACCCCAGGUCCUCGGAUGCCUGUGCCUGGAUGGCUUCACUGGAGAUAACUGCAUUGAUGAUACGAACGAGUGUGCCAGCAAUCCCUGUUUCAAUGGAGGAAGAUGUAAUGACCUUCUUAAUGCAUACUCAUGCACAUGUAUUUCAGGCACAUCUGGCCCAAGAUGCCAAUCAAUAACAACUCAGUGCACUAGCCUUGACUGCAGGAAUGGAGGAACUUGUGUGAUGUCACAGUUAGGUUUGGCAAGCUGCAAUUGUGUUGCUGGCUAUGAAGGAAACCUGUGUCAAACCAAUAUUAAUGAAUGUGAGAGCAAUCCCUGUCUGAACAAUGGUAUGUGUACAGACCAAGUUAAUGGAUUCUUCUGUAGCUGUCGUGAUCCAUACUCAGGAAUCCUUUGUGAGACAAACAAUGCUAAUGUUGCUCGCUCCUCUGCCCGGGAUGGCAUGAACUUAAGUUUGCCAGAGCUUGCAUCAACAAAUCUAUCAGCAUCGUGGAUAGCUGUCAUUGUUGUCCUCUUCAUCAUCAUUAUUGUUAUGGGGAUGUACAUUGGAUACAGAUACUAUCGUGGAAGGCGUCAACGUCUUGAAGAUGGAGAGCACCUUCUUGAGGAGUAUUCAAAUAGAGCUCUGGACCCAGUCCCUCCUACUGAAAUGGGAGCUUAUGAACUCGUUCACCUGCCAGGAGGAGCAAGAUCCGGGAGUGUCUCUGCGAUGAAUGCAAACCAGUCACCAUGGCCCCAGAGUGCUGCCAACAUCUAAUGGCCAUCAUAUAAACAGCCGAGAACUUCAAAUAUACAUGAACUAUAUACUAUAUGAGAUAUUUAAUAAUUGAUAUAUGAUGCACAUUUGAGAAAAAUGUCAUUUUACUCAGAAGCUUGUUACAGUGCAAUAAUUGAUCGUAUGUCUGUGUAUCAGUUGUGGUAUAUAUAAUCUUAAAGUAUCAGCGAUUUCAGCAGCAUCUUUUUUCUUGGGAAAAUGAUUAUGUCACAGAUAAUUUCAGUUUGAUGCUGUUCAUGUUUUCAUAUUAUAGUUAUUCUUCAAACGUCUAAUCAAUGGCCAACAUUUUAAAAAUAAAGAACCUCAAUUGUAAAUAAAGUAUACUACAUGAAUUAUAUAAUAAUUUAUAUAUGAUGCAUACUUAUAAUACUCUGACAAUUGUUACAAUUUGAUAAUUGUGUGUAUGUCUCUGAGUUUGGGGUAAUGUAAUCUUAUUGAUGAUAUAACUUAUUCUAGGGGAAAAGGCUUCAUGAGAAAUAAUUGUAAUAUGCUGCUAUCUACAUUAUCAUAAUUCUAUAUUUGUUCUUUUAGUGACAUUCUUUAUAAGCUGUAUGUUAAGAUAAUUUUUUGAAAAGGAUGAAUGGCUUGAAGUAGGCCUACAAGCCAAAUAGCCAUUAUGUUCCGAUCUAUUCAUGUAAGAAGCCAGAAGUUAUUAGUUCUGUUUUAUCAUCGGGUUUUGAAAGAUUGACUGUGUUAAUUUAAAAUAAUAUAUUCAACACGCGAAAUCAAGCUUGAAAUGUUUACCAGAAAUCAUGAUCUCUGUGUAGAUGGCUAAAAUGGAAUAUUCCAUUAUUUUAUUCAAAACCGUUUUCUCUUUUUUCCCCAAAAUUUCAACCAAUGUUCUCACCGGGCGCUGCUUGAAGCCCUAAAAAUUCAAAUGCAUUAGAACAGGUCAUCGGCUCUUAACACCUUUUCCAAUGCACCUUGUCUGAAGUUAAUUAACCUAGAAUUUCUACAUUGAAUAUAAUAAUCACAAAGACGUUAUUUUGAUAUCAUGCAUUGUUUCCUACAUUGAAUAUUUUAUUUAUUUGGGCAUUAUUCACUACAUCUUUGUUUUAUUUCAUUUGGUUUGUCUAUUUUAGAUUUCUGUUGUUUUUUUAUUAAGAUUUCAUUUUUAUUUCUCCCUGAAAUUUAUUGUCAAUGGUCAGAAAACUGAGCGCCUGUAUUUAGCGCCUUACAAAUGUUAUAAUUAUUAUUGUUGCUAUAUUUACUCUUUAAGAAUAUGUUUAUUGUUUUAGAUGUAUUUUGAUGUUUGAUUGUUAAUCGAAAAUAUAAACCAGACCCUGCCGAGAUGCUCGAAACAAUUACACUGUUAACAUGGAGAAGGUUUUAACAAAAUUUACUGUUUUAUAUUCCAGGUUCAUAAUGUUUGCCAUUUAGCUCAUAUAUUAUUGUAUCCAUGUUAUUGAUUUGUUUUUCAAAGGACAGGACAUGAUAUAAAGAUGAUUAGUUGUAGAAUUGCGGUGAUUUUCCAACUUAAGAAAUAAAAAAUUUCUCCAUCUCGAAAAUCGAGUUGUAUACCAUGACAUUUUGAAAAAUUACAUGCAUUAUCACGAAUAUUCUUUAAAAUGCGUAUGAGUUUACCAAAUCAUAAUACAUGUAUUCCAGUAAUUGAAUUUGAAUUGGGAGUAAAUAUUUCAGCGAAUUAGAUUUUUAUUGAAUUGAUUGAAUUGAUAUAAUCAGCUCGAGUAAUUUAUUUUUAGCUUGAAAAAAAUGGAUAGCUUACAAUUUGUUUUCAAUGAAAUUAAAGAAUAAUAGAUGCGCUUAGAGCAGGCUCUGUUUGCAUAUUUUCAUUUCAAUAACACCUUAUCAGCAAAUUAAAUUAUAUUUUGUAUUUCAAAAGAAAGUUUAGAGAAAUUAUUUAUGUCAAUAUAAGAACUUAUAGUAUGAAAAAGGGUUGUCAACGUAAAUGACAAGUAUGUGAAUUCUUAAUUUAUACUCAAUGUGAUUAUUGAUCUAUUUGUUUAAUGUGUAUCAAAAUGAAAAUAAAGUGCAAUUAUAAUCCAGUAAUGUAAGCUUUAACUUUUUAACAGUAUGUUAUGGGAUAUUGGAUGGGUUAGUACUUUAUUAAAAUAAAAA